CAGGGAGAUCCCAGGCUGUCCUGGGAACGGCACGGCACGGGACGGGAAGGGGGCGGUGGCGGCGGCGCCUGCGCCGAGCGCUCGGAGCUGUCUGGAGCGGCGGGAUGCUGCGCGCCGGGCUGGGCAGAAGGAGCGGGUGCUGCGGAGGGCUCUGGAGGAGCUCAGCCGGCGGCAGAGCCCUGAGCGCUGCCUCUGCCUCCCCUUCCCCCGGCAGCGGCGGCGGGGCGCGGAGCGGAGCCGCUCCCCCGGCAGAUCCCAGUAAUGUAAAGCCAUUGGAUGGUGUGAAAAUUCUUGAUUUAACAAGGGUUCUUGCAGGACCAUUUGCCACAAUGAAUUUGGGAGAUCUAGGGGCUGAAGUUAUCAAAGUGGAAAGACCAGGAGCUGGUGAUGACACAAGAGCCUGGGGCCCACCUUUUGCUGGGACAGAAAGUGUUUAUUUUCUCAGUGUCAAUAGAAAUAAAAAGAGUAUAGCCAUCAACAUGAAGGAUUCAAAAGGAGUAAAGCUAAUCAAAGAGCUUGCGGCAGCAUCUGAUGUUUUUGUGGAAAACUUUGUCCCUGGGAAGCUGGCUGAAAUGGGUCUAGGUUAUGAAGACAUAAAAAAGAUUGCUCCUCACAUAGUGUACUGUUCAAUAACAGGUUAUGGUCAGACUGGUCCAGUGGUUCAGAGAGGUGGAUAUGACUCCAUUGCUGCUGCUGUUUCUGGUCUCAUGCAUAUCACAGGGCAUGAGGAUGGUGAGCCGGUUAGACCAGGAGUAGCAAUGACAGACCUCGCUACUGGGUUGUACACAUAUGGAGCAAUUAUGGCCGGCUUACUUCAGAGGUAUAAGACGGGAAGAGGACUACACAUUGACUGCAAUCUCUUGUCAACUCAGGUUGCAUGCCUCACUCAUGUAGCAGCUAAUUACCUUAAUUGCAAAAUUGAAGGAAAACGCUGGGGUACUGCUCAUGGGAGUAUUGUUCCAUAUCAGGCAUUUAAGACCAAGGAUGGCUACAUCGUGGUGGGAGCUGGAAAUGAUCAUCAGUUUGUCACUGUGUGCAAGAUCCUGAAUUUGCCUGAAGUUAGUAAAGACCCGAGAUACAAAACUAAUACACUCAGAGUCCAGAACAGAAAAGAACUUAUUGACAUAUUAUCAACCCGGUUUUCAGAAAAAGCGACGAUGGAGUGGUUGCAGCUCUUUGAAGGGAGUGGGGUUCCAUACGGCCCAAUCAAUAACAUGCAGCAAGUGUUCUCAGAUCCUCAGGCAGGUCCAUAUACGAUUGCUGAUGAAUGUAACAAACAUCCACACAGUUGUUAUGGAAACAAUGGCAGUGGAAAGGUUCUUGGUAUUUUUACUCCAUCAGUCUCCCACUUAUGGCACACAGUGCUUGAAGGUACUGCACAAUGGACUUGUGAUGGAAAUGAAUCAUCCAACAGCUGGGAAGAUAGCUGUUCCAGGACCAGGUGUCAGAUACAGUGAAUUUGCUGUGUCACAUCCAAAGCCACCGCCACUUGUUGGACAGCACACAGUGGAGAUACUGAAGAGCAUGCUGGGCUAUGAGGAUGAUGCUAUAGAAGAGCUGCUUCGUACUGGUGCUGUGGCUCAGCAUGAGGUCAGAUAAGGAACAUUAGCUACAUUCCUUCACACUGAGCUCACACUACUUUGUCCUCUCUUUGCUCCCUUCAGUUUCCCUAAUGGGACUCAAAGAGAAGACAUAAUUUAAUUCCUAAUUUUCUUCCACGUGUGUUUGUAUGAUUUUAACACUGAUGUAUCAAAUAAACAAUCUCAUGCUGUC